AUGAUUCAUAAGAGAUCCAACGGCAUCAUGUACGAAACCAAGGUCGACGUUCGAGGCGGCCCCGGCUUCAUGCCGGACUUUGAAGAGGGCCGCGGCCUCAAGCCCCGCCAGACGAUGCGAGUCGGCAACUGCUGGCUGGGUCGUGGCCCGCAGCGCUUCGAAGACUUUGGCGACUGGAAGGAAAGGGCCGAGAAGAUCAUGGAGGCCGAGCUCGAGGGGACGAAACUUGAGACGCUCGAUCAGAAACUCGCUUUCCAGACGGCGCUCGACCGCAUCUUCGGCCCCGGCAUCCACACUGUCAGUCUCCCCCAGCAGCAGGUCGAGAUCAAUGCCAGCGAGCUUGUUGCCCUCGGCGACGGCUCGCUGGGCGAGACUCCGACUCGACUCCAACUUCAGCGCUCGACACCCUGGCGCUCGCUCCCCGCCGCCGUCUGGGAUCGCAUCCCCAGCGUCUCGCUGCGUCCCGACGGCGGCGUCAAGCCCGGCAUCGAGCUCAAUGUCCCCGCCGGCCUCCGCCCCCGUUUCGCCCACUCGACGGCCCAUCGGCUGCCCGCCAACUUCGACAACAACGCGAUGGUGAAGGUUUUGCUUGCGCUCGUGGGCCGUGCCUUCGCCGGCUUCUCGCGCGAGGAUAACCUGGCGUGGCUCGACGAGACGCUGGUCCCGGGCAGCUGGAUCACAUUCAGCCCGACGCCGCGGAUCUUUUACGUGCGCGAGCACGCCGACUUUAUCGUCGCCGUGACGGGCGUCGGCGGAGAAAAACUUACGAAGACCUUCGGAACCUACGAGAAGGAUAGGAUCGCAGCGUUCUACAGCGCUGUUCGCACCGCUUGCGACCAGCCCUGGGGCGCCGACCUCGAGGCCAACGAGGAGAGGCUGCGCCGCGACUUUGCCGCUGCGGUUGCCGCGCACCCGGCCGGCCCGCACGCCCGCGUCUACCCGCACGCCACCGAGUGCGAGGCUGCAGUCGGCUCGUGCAGCCAUGGCCGACACUCGUGCCGCGUGUGCAAGCGCGACGGCAUCCCCUGCGACGAGUUCCACGGCGCAACGUGCGUGCGCUGCGACAUCGCCUACUUCGUCCGCCGCGGCGCCAUCGACGCCCGCAGCCACCCGGUCGGCUACACGGACGCGCAGCGAGCGCAGAGGCUCGGGGUGGCCAACCUUCGCCGCGGCUUCCAGUCCGAGGCCCUUACGGGCAUGGCCACGCUGCCGACGCGCGGGGCGAUGUCCGAGGACGGCCAGACCACGACCGACAUCCUGACAGCGCUGCUCCGUGGCGAGAGGCCCUCGGCUGGCGACGACGGCUGGCCCGACCACCUGACCUACACCUUCCUCGAGGCCCUCCGCGACAUCGAAACGACCAAGGCUCGCUGGACCCACCUCAAGGACCUCGUCAUGGCUUUCGGCCUCUCGCGCGAUCAGCCGUGCAAGUGGGACCUCACCCGCGAGCAGGCUCCGGUCUUCCACAGCGAUGGCGUCCUCGACGACGUCACCUGGUGGUACAACGCUGCGAAGAACAAGCGCAGCCCCCUCGCAGUCGCUCUGGCGUUCGCGGCCGCAGCGCUUCACCACGCCGGCGACGAUAGCCACCAUGCGCGCCUGGCCGACUUGCUUGGCAGGAUCGCGCCCGUCGAAGCGGCAUGGAACCUGGGCCGCGGCUCGGGCCGUCUGCUCGCCUCGCGCAUCUUCUCGGUCGUGUACGAGGACGGCGAAGACGACGGCAUCAUCCGCGACCUCGCUCGCCUCCCUACGGUCCCGCAGAUCAGUCCUCGCCGCGCCGCCCCCGCCGUGAAUGCGGUCUACCGCGAGCGCGCCGACACCUUCGACGCGGAUAUGCAGAGCGGCGGCACCGCGCAGCAGGCAUUCCACGUCCUGGAUCGGAGCUUCCGCACGGCCGAGCUCGUUGACGAGGCCAUCCGGCCUUCGUCUAAAACCACCGACCUCAUCCCGGUCAUCGAGGAGGUCUUCGGCCACCUCGAGGCGAUUGGCGCCAUCUCUCCGGCCGACCGCCUGCGCCCCGAUUCCGCCUUCCCGGGCCUGUGGUGGGCGGGCGACGAGAGCGUCGGCCCCGAGGACAUCCUCGUGAUGGCCUUGCGCCUUCUCGUCCAGCUCAUCUUUUUCUGCGAUUGGGUACAAAUCACGUGCACUAUCGAGGUCACGACGGGCUCGUUCACGAGCAUCGUCGUGAGCAUCAUGGUCUUCCUCGCGGUCCAUCGACGCACGGACGCCUUGACGGGCCUUCCGAUUGGUCCGUUCCCUCACAACCACCCUCUCCGCCUGUCCUUGGGGCACGACAACCAUGCCUUCACGGCCAACGUGCUCGCUCCCUGCAUUCCGGAGCUCGAUGCCGGCAACCCGACACGCCAGACGGCCGAGGCACUCGUCCGCCUCGUGCGCUCGACUGCGUACAACGUCCGCCUCGAGAGCCCGCUCUCGAACUUUGCGGUGAAGCGCUGGCGCGCCUCGACCCUUCACGCGAUGGUCGACUCGAUCCGUUCUUGGCUGGCUCGCAUCAACGGCAAGCUCGGCUUCCUCCCCGGCGUGCGAUUCAACACGGCUCCUCGACGUGUCCUCGAGGGAUUGGAGCGCAACUAUGUGCCAGAGAGCGAGGUCGAGGCCGUGAUGCUCGAGAUCCUCGCCGAAGAAGAGGAGGACGACGACGAUGCAGGAGACGAGAGGGCGGAGCUUGGAGGCCAAACCGGAGUUUGA